GUAUUCAAGUAAUGUAGCAACACAAACAACAAAAAUGAAAAAACUCCAGCCACGCACACACACACAAGUGGAUGCGUCUUACGCACAGAAAUGUUGAACAAAGGAAACAAGACAGCUACAAACUCUAUGCGUGGCUCGAUUUAUAUAAAAUUCCAAGGUAGGUACAAUUAAGCUCUGUUGUUUCGGGGUCUGUUCAUAGGUUGUCAUUUACAAAGAAAAGCAAAGAAGGGACCCCAGUUAGAAUUCUGAGUGGGACUGCCUCUAAUGGGGAAGGAGGGGAUCCUAGCUCAGAAGAGAUACAUGAUGGCCUUCUUGGCAAGGCUCGUUUUUUUGUUUUGUUUUGUUUUGUCCCAGUCUCCUACCCUCAAGGUCACAAAUACUUGUGGCUGUGAAUCAUAUCACAGCCCAGAGCUCGGACUUCCCCAGUACUUUCUGUUGGGAGAGUUGAAUGCAGUUUUGCCCAGAGAAAGGCACCAAGUGGAACUGUGAGUUUACCCCAAUUCCCUUCCCUACCAGGCACUGGCUCUGAUCCCUGCAGCUCUGUGAUCCAAACCUCUGUUUCUGCACUUGUCAGUGGAGCAUGAAGACUCCCAUCAGGCCUAGCUCGCAGGGGAGGAUAAUGAAUAUUAAAGCAGGAUAGGGGAUGCUGCUGGAAUGCCAGAGACUAUCUGCGACUCUGAGGGACAGCCAAGCUCAUUGCAAGGCUGUGUGAGGCCCAUCUAGAUCCCUCAGAACUGGAUCCCUUGGGGCUGGCCCUGCCUUGCCCCGUCCUGCCCCACCCCUGCCCUGUGAGGCCACCUGUCAGUGGGGUUCAUAUACUGUCUGUCAUCAGCCAAUGGGCUGGGGCACCAAGAGCGGGUCACAUAGCCUAUUUCCUGUUUUCAAACGGGGAACUUAAAAGUAGCAGCUCGCUGGAGCCUGGAACCGAGGGGGGCUGAAGGCGGCCAUGUGACACUCCCCCCCGGACCCCUGGACCCACACAGGACCAGAGAAGCUUCAGAUGAGGAGACUGAGGCCUAGAGAGGAAGGGGAAGAUGACCAAGACUCUGUGCAUGCACCAAUGAAUGAAUACCUUUCUCCUUUUCACUCCCCUCAUGGUGACUCCCAGACAACCCUAUAAGAGAAAACACAAGUGAAGUGGCUUUGACUGCUGAAUUUGAUUUUUAUUCAAAGCCCUGGGUUCGUGCUUAGCUUUUCCAGGUCUUGACUGGUGCGUUCAGCCAAGGCCAUGAUUCCUGGGGUCUCACAGGGUCUCUGGGAAAACUGUGCCCUUCUUCUGACCUGGCACCAGCUGCCUGAACAGGAGAGCAGAGCUGGAAGGGCUGGGACAACUGAGGCUCACCAUCACACAUUCUACAGAUGAGCCACUGAGGAGUUAGGAGUGCCCACAGGAAGCAUUGGGUUUCCAAGAACCUAGGGCACCCAGAGUCCAUUAGGUAAUAGAGCAUGAAGACCACUCACUACCCCGCCUGGACACCCAUCAGGCUCUAGAGAACGCGUCCCCCACCCUCCAUGUCUAGUCGGCAAGAUGGAGCCUGCAGCCACACUUCUCAGCCUUGGAGCAUGGCCAGUCCCGAGCACCCCGGGAGCCCUGGAUGGACAGGACCCACAGCCAAGUGCACAGCAGGGACCAGGCAGAAAGCAUCAGCCACAGGCCGAGACCUCCCGUGUCCAGGACCCGAAGGGCACUUAGGAGCAUGGGUCUCACAGUGGCUGAUCUGCAGGCCGAAAGUGGAUGGUGCAACACACGCGUCUGCGUGUCGCAAUGGAGAAACCAGCUGGGGAACGCGGGGCUAUUUCAGGUUGCCGGCGGUGGGAUGGCUGCAGCCGGACGCUCCGGGCAGCCCCAGCCCCAACUCCAGCAUGACCACCGGGGAGCUGCAGGAGUACUGGCGGAAGGAGAAACGCUGUUGGAGGCGCGUCAAGCUGCUCUUCGAGGUCGCGUCCGCCCGCAUCGAGGAGAGAAAAGUCUCCAAGUUUGUGAUGUACCAAAUCGUCGUCAUCCAGACAGGGAGUUUUGACAGUAACAAAGCCGUGCUGGAACGGCGCUAUUCAGACUUUGAGAUGCUCCAGAAAAACCUCCUCAAGACGUUCAGGGAAGAGAUCGAAGACAUCGCCUUCCCCAAGAAGCAUCUGGUAGGCAACUUCACCGAGGAGAUGAUCUCUGAGCGCAAGCUGGCCUUCAAGGAGUACCUGACCUUGCUCUACGCCAUCCGCUGUGUGCGGCGCUCCCGCGAGUUCAUCGACUUCCUCACGCGGCCCGAACUCCGGGAGGCGUUCGGCUGCUUGCGCGGGGGACAGUACGGCCGGGCCCUGGACAUCCUGGUGCGCGUGGUGCCCCUGCAGGAGAAGCUGACGGCCCACUGCCCGGUGAUGAUGGUGCCGGCGCUCUGCGCCAUGCUCGUGUGCCACCGGGACCUGGAGAGCCCCGCCGAGGCCUUCGCGGCCGGGGAGAGGGCACUGCAGUGCCUGCAGGCCCGGGAGGGCCACCGCUACUAUGCCCCCCUGCUGGACGCCAUGAUCCGCCUGGCCUACACGCUGGGCAAGGACUUCGUGUCGCUGCAGGAGAAGCUGCAGGAGAGCCAGCUCCGCCAGCCCAGCCCCUGGGGCUUCACGCUGAAGGAGCUCACGGUCCGGGAGUAUCUGUACUGAGUCCCUUUGGCGGGUAGGCUGGAGACUGGGGAUCGUGGCCAUGGCGGGGUGGUGGGGAGGGGACACGGACUGUUGCGGGGGAGUGUUUAGUGGUAGGAGCCACUUGAGGCUUGAACUUGCUGGGUGACACUUUGGACAAGCCCCUCCUCUGGUCCUCCAUGUCUGCAUCCGAGGUGUGCUCCCCCCACCCCCGGGGGUCCUCAGAAGCCUCUGCCUGUGUCCUGGGUGCCUUUGAUGUCAGACUCACCUCAUCUGGAAACCACAAACCCAGCUGCUGAAGUGCUGGAGAGUGAGAUCCAGCUUUCUGAUGCUUUCGGGGGUCGCUGGAGGGGGUGGUUUGCAUUGCAUGCUGUGGACAAAGCUUAAGCCCCUUCCUCCAGACAGCUCUCACUAGCUGCCCUGUCUUCCCUUUCUGCUCCUCCUCCCUCGAGGUUGCCUGCCAAGAUCCCCACCAUGGUCCUAACCAUUCCAGCUCUUCCUUCUUAGUGUGUAGACCCAACUUGGCUAAACAAAAGCUCACCCACGGCUCUUCGAGGCCAGCUUUGUCCCUGGGAUGGGGUGUAUGUCGCCCUUUCAAGGGUGGGAGGACUCUGGGCUAGAACAUCAUCCUGUCACAAGAGUCUGUGAAACAAGGCGUUGGUAGGAAGGGAAUUGGCCAACAAUUCUCUGGUCACGAUGCUGUAUCGGAGUCCAGGUGGGUUUUCAUUUAUAAGACACGUGGCCCUUGACGAGGAUCCAUGAGUUACACAGACAUGGCCCUGAGGGAGGGGAGUGAUACCCAGCAGGGUGAGACUGAAUGCUUAACACCUCCCGCAUUUGAAGGACAAUGCUCUUGGAACCUCUCCGAUGGGCUGGAAUGCCCUUGACUGAAGUCUGCUGUCAGGAAAGGACACCAGGAGCCCAGAGUGGAGGGGAGACCAGACCGAUAACCUAGGUUCAACACUGGGCUUGAAGCCGAUGGUCCAGGCUGGUUUGGGGCAAUAUGUAUUUGAGGCUGGAGGUCCCUGAAAACCUAAACCAUCUGGCUGGGCUUAUGAGAGUGAAAUAAAGAGGCUGUUUCUCCGCAUCUUCGUGUGAGGCACCAGUUUGACCCAUGUAGGAAUUGGAUUGGACAAAGAGACCACUCUAGUAGUGAACAGGCAUUGACCAAACUGCACCAGAAUGGGUUCAACAGUGACACCAUGUGGCAGAAGCUGGAAUGGCCCUACCAGGCUCUGCUCUGCAGGCGAGAAACCAACCUGACACUUAGGGACAAAGAAAGCUUCGGGUCUCUCAGUUUAUUCCGGGAGAAGGACACUUUGAAUGGGAGAUGUUGGACAUCUUGAGAGAGAAGGUUAAAGUGUUCUGUGGAAAAAUAAAAGGCUGUGGCUCUAUUUGCAAUGGU